AUGUCCUCGGCGCAACGACGAAAGUUGUCGGGCUUGUUCAUACAACUAACAAACAGGGUCUGGCAAGACCUCGAUGCGCUCGGUCAUCUUGACACGCGGCGGCUAGGCGCCACGAUCGAUGUGGAGCAGUCUGCAGUCCGACUUCUCGGCUCGCUCGUCUUGAACCUGUGGGACUGCGGAGGCCAAGAUGCCUUCCUGGACAACUAUCUGUCGGCGCAGCGCGACACGAUCUUCUCGAACGUGGCGGUGCUGAUCUACGUGUUCGACAUGACGUCUACGGAGUGGGAGAAGGACCUGCACUACUUCGAGGACAACCUGAGUGCCCUGCGGGAGAACUCGCCCGACGCCGGCGUCUGGGUCCUGAUGAACAAGAUGGACCUGGUCGACAGCGAAGACCCGAAGCGAACCAAGUACCAAGAGCGGCGGGACGAGGUGCUGGCGCUGAACGACAAGCUGAGCAAGGAUGUGGACGGCGCGGGCGGGUGCCGCUGCUUCCCGACAAGUAUCUGGGACGAGUCGCUGUACAAGAUCCCGAACAUCAAGCUGAUCUCCGCGCACUUGACAUACCUCCGCGACAUGCUGGGUGCGGCCGAGAUUGCCGCGUUCGAGAGCGAGACCUUCCUCAUCAUGGCCAAGAGCGGCUCGCCCCUGGACUCGGACUCGAGCGAGGCUGAUGACGUCGAGAAGGCGAAAGGCGUGCCCGGCCUCGAUCCGGAGCGGUUCGAGAAGAUUUCGGAAAUCGUCAAGAGCUUCCGCAAAACGUGCCAGAAGACGGGGGAACAGUUUUACGGCUUUGACGCUCAGUUUGACGGCGUCACAGUCGUGCUCGAGCCCAUGACGCGCAACACGUUUGCCAUGGUUGUCGGCGUCGACCCGACUGUUGAAGCCGGACUCGUCAAGUACAACAUGAACCAGGCGCGCCUGCACCUCGCCGAGGUCGGGACAAUGACGACGAUGACGCGAAAAUGCGGCGUGUGCGAGCACAACGUCAAGCUCGAGCACAACAUCAGCUACAAGCCCUCGAACCCGAGCGGGCGGGCAUGGGAUGACGUCGGCAUCGAUGUGCCCGCUGCGGCAUGA